AUGGUGGACUACGACCGUCAAAAACUAAAACAUUUUUAUUUCAUGAUGUUGCAAGCUGGGGAGUUCAUAGACGCAACAAUGAAGGGCUCUCUUGCCAGGUUUUGCAACCACUCCUGUAAUCCCAACGCAUACGUUAAUAAAUGGGAUGUUGCGGGCAAGCUACGAAUGGGGAUAUUUGCGCAUCGUGAUAUUGUCAAAGGUGAAGAAAUAACAUUCGACUACAAUGUUGAUCGCUACGGCGCUACAGCCCAGCCCUGUUAUUGCGAUGAGCCAAAUUGUAUCGGCUUCUUGGGAGGCAAGACUCAGACCGACGCUGCAUCUUUACUUCCACAGAACUAUGCAGAUGCGUUGGGUGUGGUGCCAGCAGUGGAGAAGAAGUGGAUCAAGAUGAUGAAAGCGAAAGGCGAAAAAAUUGUCAAAAGCGAGGUCAAUAACGUCAAUAUUGAAUUCGUUCAGUCGUUGGAACUGAGUGCAUGUGAGCGUUUUGACGAAGUGUCCAAAGUAAUGAGUGUCUUGCUGCAGGCAGAUGACAUUCUGAUCAUCAGGAGAUUAACGGAACGGAUUUUGCUCACUACAGACCAAGACUUGCAUUACCAAAUCAUAAAAUUGCAUGGGUACAGGUGUUUCAACAAGCUUCUCACGACGUUCCAGGAAGACACGGAAUUCCAGCUGAAAAUACUGCACUAUUUGGAUUCCCUCCCAAAAACAACGAAAAAUGGUAUCAUAUCGUCCCAAAUCAACAAAAAGGUUGAGGAACUACGGUCUGAGCCAGCUCUUGAGAAUAUUUGUGAGACUCUCUUGCAAAAAUGGAAUACCUACGAGACCUAUAAACGCAUUAGCAAGAAAGACGUUUCGGAGAACAUCUCAAACAUGAAGACGGAUUUACGAAGAAUCAGGUUGCCGCCAGGUUGGGAGUUGAUUCAUGAAAAUGGGAAACCUGUGUAUUACAACGCGCAGCAGCAGACUAAGCUACAUCAGCCACCAAACGGUGCAAGCAAAACCUUCAGCGGUACGAGGACGCCCGGCCGAAGAGCUACUCCGGACGUACCUGUGUUUGGUUCUGCUAACAAAAAAAAACGUGUCUAUGACGCUGAAGAGUACGAAAAGAAGAAGCAGCAAAGGAUUGAUAAUCAACAAAAGGAGAUAGACAGACUCAAAAACGAGGAAAUAAAACAAUUGAAAUUGAAGAUGGAAUUGGAAGAUCAGAAGAAAACAGAACUUGAGAAAAUCAUCGCAGAGGUGAAUCAACAAAAAGAGCAAGAGAAAAUCGAGAAGAAGAAAAGAGAAGAAGAAGAGCAACAAAGGAAACAGAAAAGGUUGCAGCAGACUAAAGGAGAGUAUCUGACGCACAAGUGGAAUAAGCUUUUCGCUUCAGUAGUGCCCAACAUGGUGCGACACUAUGAAAAGGACUUGGGGAAGGAACACAUCAAAGAGUGCGCUCGUGAUAUAGCGAAGAUUCUCUCCGCUAAGGAAGUGAAAAAAGACCACAAGAAGAAUCCCCCCGCGGAAUUGACUAAAGAAAAACGAAUCAAGGUGCGAGAAUUCACCAAGGCUUACAUGGAAAAGUUUUCGGAGAGGUAUGCGCGGCGGAAGGUGCAGCAGUCUUGA